ACUCAUUAGAGUCGGAAGGUAAGUGCAGAGUAGACCCUUUGCUUUUACAGAAAACAAGAAAAGACAUAGAGCUAUUGACCAUGGAUGCCACUCCUAGACACCUGCAACAUCAGAGUUGUCUGCCCUUCUGGGGCUAAGAGCAAAACAGGAAGAAGCAGCGCUCAAAGUAAGAGUGGAGGCAGCCCUUCAGAGAGAGACCGUUUACAGACAGAGAGGCUCUGCACGAAGCAGCGGCACUCUGGAGCCCAUGGUAGCGGCUCCCUCUGAGGAAUGUUCAACAACACCUCCAACUACACAGAAACAGGAGGCUGAACUCCAUCAGGAGACCAACACUGUGGUGAACACAUGUGCUCCACAUGAUCUGGAUCAGGGACCAGGAUUAGGGAUUCAAAUCAAGGAGCUCACUGAGGCCCUCCCAGUGGUGGUCAGCCCUCCGUCCGCGGACAAGGCUGUGAUCCAUGUGGAGACCCCAGAGAAGGAGAUCUCACGGCCCCUAGGGGACAUGGCAACAGCAACCAUGAAGGUGUCGCUACCUGAGCUCCCAUCCGGGUCCCUCGCACAGUCCUCCACCUUGGAGAAGCUCCCUCCAUCCCCGUUCAUGGAGGCUGAGGUAGGGAACACAGAGGAGCUCUGCGAUGGGGCGUUCAAGUGCGAGACCAUUCCCCUGGAUGGCGAGGAUGUCCAGCCCCAGGCAAGUGUGACUACGCUCGUCGCAGAUAAGAUGGACCUCCAGGAACUCCUCAGUAAAUCGCUGAGCUCUCUGACCUUUUCCCGCUUUCCGACAAUGGCGAGGGCUCAAACUGCUGGUCUAGGGGACUAUGGCAGUACAUUUAGACGCACCGUUCCCUCCUGGUGUUCAAACCCUGUGAAGGCCUGUGUCCACCAGCCAGCCAAGAAGAAGUCUGUUCCUUCAGGGUCUAGACACCAUGCCGGUUUGGUGCCAAAUACCUCUGUGCCACUUCAGGCCAUCCGGAAAGAACUGGAACACCUGUUUACCCGUUUCUACAAUGGACCAAAUCUCAAUGAUGAAAGCUUCCUCUGCUUUGACGUGCCUGACGUAGAGAUCCUUAUUACUGAAGACCUGGAUAUCUUCAAACUAAUUGAUGAAACUUUGGGGUCUUCUCAAUCCUUAGAUUGAGUUUCU